UUGAAAAUAUGCUUGGUUCGCAUUUGGAUCGUGACGGUGGCGCCAGGUACAAGUGUAGAGCGACGACUACAACAUUAGACGACACAAACACACAAACAAACACACAAACACCUUGUUUACACAUUAUGUCAGUCUCGGCAUCACAAUGGAAGACACCGACGGAUAUCAUGCGUCUCCGUCGAUCAAAGCAGAAGUCGUCGCUGAGCGCCCGGCGGCGAUGGCCGAAGGAGGAGGACAAAGACUCGCACUCCACCUCGUCACAGCCUCUCCACAAACGCAGGAAUCCUUUCAGAUGUGACUCUCCGUCCAAAAGACUCUGUGCACAUCUGGACAAUAAAGAAAACUCACCAGUUCCUGCCAGUGCUUCUGACGAUGAAGAUAUUGUCUGCUCAGACUCUGAAUCAGAACAUUCGCAACAUAAGCUAGUUCUGGCUCUGAGCUCCGUGGAUCAGAACUUUCACAGUGGUUCAAGAAAGCGUUUACAGGUAGUCAAGAAAGAACAUUGUGCUCAGACUGAGAGUGGAAAAUUAAGUCUUCUUCUGGCAGAAGUCACAUCUCAAGAUCAUGUUGUUCAGACUGAUGGGUUUCACAAAGAGGUGGACAGCCUUGAGCAUAUGACCAAAGGUUUGGUUCCUGUGGACUGGAGCAUUAAGACCAAAGUAAGAAUUUUAAUAGAAAAUGCAACCAUCCCUAUCAGUAUUCCUAGCAGCUUUGUUGAGGCCAAGUCUCACAUGGACUUUGUCUGUAAUGCACCAUUGGACUCUGUAGGUGCUGAGGGAUUGGUGAACAAUUUAAAGCGUGUCUGUAAUUACUGGGUUCACCCCAGCCUUCCAUGGUUUGCCAGUUUUCCACGCAUUUCACAAGAUCUUAAGAACAGAAAACAUGUGGCAGUGGAUGCUGGACACAGUGAGCUGAUGCAAAAGGCAUUACAUGAAGACUGGAUGGAGAGUUUUACUGCAGUUUUCCAACAGCUCAAGACAGGCCUGUGCCCAUACUUUUAUGUCUGUGGCCAUCUGUUCACUGCCUUGUUCAGGGCAGCUGGUGUUGGAGGGCACCCUUGUAUCACAGCUUGCCUUACACCAACCACACGUGGAUUUCGGGAGGCACUCAGACGUGAAGGUGUAGAUUUUAGCAUGCCAAACUUGACCUCUCUCAAACAGUUUGCUGACAAAAGCAAGAAACUGAGUGAAUACAAGGCUAAUUUACAAGCCAGUCCAGAAACACCUGAGGUGGAGAGCUGCAUUCAGCCUUCAACUGAAAGCAAUGAGGGAUCAACAGUAGAAGACAAUCAGGUGGACAUAACAUCUACAGAUGAAGGGGCACAACUUUGGUUGGAAGACUUAGGUGUUGACAGAAAGAGUUUUCCUAGUCUUGACCCAAGCAAGGUCAGAAUGCAGCGGGAAGGCUACCAGCAGGUGGACCUGCGUGCACAAUCCUUGAUGCUUUGCCAGGGACCUCAGGUACAAGCAUUUUUCAAUUUCCUUAUUAACUGUCGCAGCUGCACUGCUUUGACAGGCCCGCAGGCUGGCAUUCCUCCCACCAUCUUGUCCCCAACAUCCUUCAGUGGGGCCACUGUGCACAGUAACAAGAUUCGUCAUUCUGUUGCCAAAAUGUCCACUGGCUCUCGCAGUCAGGACACCCAUGUGCUGGACAUUGGUGGUCCGCUUCUGCCUCAUCAUCUGCUCAACAUCACAGCCCUGACCCCUGUGGCCAUCGGGGGGUCAGCUAUCAUUUCCCACAGUACCCAUAAUCCUACAGUUCCCUUUAACAUGAAUGCUGUGACUGAAAGUGAUGUCGCAUUACCCAUGCCAGAUGACAGACUUCUUCAACAUUGGAUGUGCACUUUACACAGCUCAGUUCGCCAUAAGUUGUUGGAAGUAACCUCCCUUUCAUGCAAAACAGCUGUGCGAGAAGUGAAAUGCGAUCCCCAAGGGUUUAAAUGGACUACCUAGUUCUUAAAUAUAUUAUUUAGAGUUGAUCGUUUCAAAAACGUGGUUUUAGACUUCUCCUUCACCAGCUCAUUCUACAAGCAGUCAUGUGGUGUGCCUAGAAUGGGUUGUGUCAUUAGCAUCUGUUGUAUAAUAAACCGAACAUAUAAAGAUUUACAACCAUUGAUGGACUAAAAAUGUUAAGUAUUGAUUUAUUUUAUUAAUUUGAUGUUUUAGCGAUUAAUUGGUUGAAACCCUUCAUCCAUUUUAUGGUUUUUAUUUUCAGUAGAGUUUUAUGCACAGCAGUGUGACCAGAGAGCUUAGAUAUAGAGAGGGUGCACUCGCGACCGGCGGGAAAGCUCGUCGGUUAGAGUUAUCUUUCGUAAUGGGGUGCUACGAAACAACAUGGCACAAGGCGAUCGUUUGAGGCAAGGUGGGCAAAUUUUUCUGCAAUUAACUGUCAGAUUGCCAGAUUUAAAUCAACCUCAAAAGAAAAACGUUUCCACAAUUUCCCAAAGGACGAAGAGAGAUAAGCUACGAAUUUAUUCUCAAAUUACGAUCUAUAAGUGUACUGUAGUUGAGAGCAGCUAGUCUACUACAACGCGUGUUGCUCUUUUACUAUGAUUAUUAAAAGGACUUUACUGAUUAUACUGUGAAACUGUGUGAUGAAUUCUCACUUAUCUGAUUAGAAACCUAUUUAAAUUUGUUAUAGUAUUUUCAUUUCAGGCAUUCGUCU